GCCGCGGUCAAAAAUGAAACGAGGAUGCGAUGCAACGCAGUGACGACGCAGGGCGGAAGUAUAGUAGGAGAGAGAGAUAGACGGCGACUCCGUGCACAUGUUGCAAAUGGCAGGCAGUGCGUGACAUUUCGUCACUCUGUGUUUCUUCGUGUUGAUCCACGCAACCGAUUCCUGCGCCCUGAGGAAUCAUCUUCGAGGGAACCUCUCCUCUUCUUAUCUUCGACACGAGAUCCUUCCCGGCGUUCGUGGGGUACUUUGACCGGAUCCAUCAGCCGAAGGAGGAGAGGGCGGCGACGAAGGCAACGGCCGCGAACACGUAUCUUGGAAACGAGGGAGAUUAAGUUCGUGGAACCCGGAUCGCAGGAGUAGAUAUUACCUACGAAGAGAAAGGAUGGCGAGACUGGUAAACAUUUGGCGGGACGAUGAACCGGUGAAGCUGGAGUGCAAGCAAAUGCCAUUGAUCAUCGACGAGAGCUUGACGAUGAUCAUGGAUAUAAGUAACUUAAAAGCGGUCAGUGAUAGUCCCUUAGUACGUGGUAAACAGCUGGAUGAAUUUACAAGAAAAUUGGAUAUGCUCACGAAGGAAGAGAUCAAAGCAUCGUUUGAAAUUACUUGCAAGGAUAUGCUUACUAUUUUGGGUCAAACAGAACCAUGUAUCGGUUGUCGAAGAAGUGUUGAAAGAUUGUUCUAUGACUUGAUGAAAUCGGGACAUCCGGCAUUAGAUCCACUGGUUAUUACUCCAAAUGGCAAGCUUUCUAUAAAAGAUGAUGUUUUGGAAUCACCUCAACGGCUUUGUACAAUAUUGCAUGGACACAGCGCUAGGUUACAUAAUUUAGUGGAGCAACAACCGAGAAAUAGAAAAUCCCGGCGAUGUGUACUGCAUUCUCUGGAAAUUCAACGAAUGCGACCACCACCGAACGCGUGGCGGGAAGUGUGGGAUUGUAUGGAACUACCAUGUCAACAAGAGUUAACUUUAAUCGAGACUGAUACCCUUGAUGACACUUUGGAAACUUAUUUACGUAAACAUAGAUUUUGUGCCGAGUGUCGUAACAAGGUAUUACUGGCAUCGUCUCUUCUGACACGAGAACCCGAACCUACAAAAGAGAAAGGUUACGUAGCAGUUUUAUAUUCUGGAAUUAAGCGUUGUAUAGCUGAUCAUCAUGUUCACUUGCCAACUAUCACAGAAUACAUUGGUACUCUCAUUGGUCGCGCCCAGCCAGAACUCAUGGGAAGGGAGCGCCAUGCGAAAACGCUAGAAAUUGCUCAAGAGGAAGUACUUACGUGUUUAGGUAUAUGUAUCGCGGAACGAUUGCAUAGAGUCCAUAGACGACUGAAGGAAGAAGAGACUGUGUGUAAAGUAUUAGCGGCUGUUGCAGUAGAUGCGUUAUCGAGAAAGUUUCAGAUGGCAGUGGAGGUGAAACAAGGUAUCUCUCAAUUAGAACUAUUAUAUGAAGAAUUUGCAAGGGAGGAAUUAGUAAAACAGCAAAGGCGUGAAAAAUUGCGGCUUAAACGCAAGAAAAAGAAGGAACGUCGUUAUGAAACGGAGGAGAAGGAGAAUUCCUGUGAUUGUCCAAAUGAAAGACAAGGUAAAUCUUCCUGUAUUUGUGCAGAAUCAAAGCCGAUGACGCAAAAUAUCAACCGACAUAAGUUACAGGUAUUGGAUCCAAAAAACAAAGGUCCACCAACAUGUAAAUGUUCUGAUUGUUUAAAAAAACAAAAAACAUCUAGUAUAUCACAAUCGCAGAGUAAAGUAGAAUUAGCAUUCCCUGUGAAAAAGACAAGUACGCAACAAGCUAUUGUUAAAAGUAGCACUUCCGAAGUAAAAACGAAAUUUAGUACAAGUCAAUCAAAGCAAAGUGACACAACAUGCAAACAAUUACCUCAGGAGGAUUCGUCCGAUACUUGCGAAUCGUGUAAGGAAAGUAAAAAAGUUGAUGAAGGUCAAUGGCAUGUAUAUGACAAAAAUUGUAAAGAUUCUAUGACUAAUGAACUGGUAGAUGCUUGGAUAACAAAACCUAGUACAAGUAAAUAUACAAUGUGGAUAGAGAUGAAGAAACGUUUCGAAAUCGAGAGAAAGAAUCAUUCCUCCAGCGAGCAAUCGUCCCAAGAUUGCGGAUAUUUUUCUGGACACAAUAUCAGUAGUUCCUCUCUUCCUAGUACACCAGAAGGCUCCGAAGUAGCCUGCAACGAUGGAUGUUGUAAUCACGAAGGGGCUUGUCAGGAUAAAUUUGAUCAUUCCAGUCCUAAUAUCUUUUUAUUACAAGAAGGAGGUUUGACGCUCUCGCAAAUGCUAAAGGAUUCCUAUUUCUCUGAUGACGACGAGCAGGAGAGUUAUAUUCCAGCAGAGGAAGUGUUAGAGUUCAAGUCGCAAAAGCGUCAACUUAUGGAGAAGCGGGAGGAACUCCGACAAACGCUUAGAGAACGUUUUGCUAUGUUAUGCAAUCAUCAGAAAUCAUUAUUUACUUUUUUUCAUUAAGAAUUCCUAGUUAUGGUCAUUCAAUAUCUCUGAUAUCACUAUCUCUUUUCUUUUUUACAUUGAUUUACUGCCAGUAGCAUGAGACACAAAUACAAUAGAUGUAUUUUGAAUAACUGUUAUUAUUCGAAGUUGACCUUCUGAUGUUAAUUAAUUGCUAAAAAUGUAUACAACACACACAUACAUAUGCAUACAACAUCAGAAACAUAAUAUGACUAUUAUUUAUCUCUGCAAGCAGAGAAUUGCGUAUGAUAAAUAAAAGAUGUCAAGAUAAAAAAAGAUGCUUUCAAAUCAUAAUCGAAUAAUAUUGACUUUGAAAAGAAUAUACAAUGGAUCAUAAGACUAGAAAAUUGAAUUUGAUUGUAUAGAUCUGUACAAUUGAAGUAAAUGUAGAUAUUUUGUAUGAAUAUGCCUUGACUGUGUGUGUGAUGUGUUGAGAAUAUGGCAGGUCCGAUUCUGUUACGUGCAGUAAAUUGCGAGUUGUUAUAGACACAAGUUUUCCACUGUGAUUGCCGCAUAUUUAAAUAGUAUUCUCUUGAAAAUUUUUUUCAUUUUCAAGAAGAUCGUAUAUUUAUACGGCGAUAAGAUUAUGUGAACUCGUGUCUGUUGUAAUACUAGAGAUGCGAUGGAAUAUUUAUCGGAAUCUUAAUCUAAAUUGAAUGUGUUGCAUUCCAAUAUAUAUAUACAUAUAUAUA